AUGGCGCUUCCCAUCAAGUUUACUGAACUGGUUCAGUUGACGAACCUUGAUAUUGCGCCAGCUUCAAUAUCCUUCAAUAGCUGUACACUAGAAUCCGACCACUUUGUUUGCGUACGACAGAAACUCGGAGAACAAGACAAGCCUCAAGUCAUAAUUGUGAACCUCAAGAACAACAAUGAAGUCACUAAACGCGCUAUUAGCGCUGACAGUGCCAUCAUGCACUGGAGUCGUGAGAUUCUUGCCCUCAAGGCACAAGGCAAAACAAUCCAGGUCUUCGAUCUUGCGGCCAAGGCCAAGCUGAAGUCCACAAUCAUGAGCGAGGACGUUGUGUUCUGGAAAUGGUACAGCGAACGCAGCUUGGGCCUGGUCACAGAUACAUCUGUCUAUCACUGGGAUGUCUUCGACCCCACACAAUCAGCCCCUGUCAAGAUAUUCGAGCGGAAUCCCAACUUGAGCGGCUGUCAGAUCAUCAAUUAUCGUGUCAGCGAUGAUGAGCAGUGGAUGGUCGUUGUGGGUAUAUCUCAGCGAGAAGGCAGAGUGGCUGGCACCAUGCAGCUCUACUCUCGCAAUCGUGGUAUCUCUCAGCACAUAGAAGGGCAUGCUGCAGCCUUCGGAACUUUCCAUGCGGAGGGCAACCCCCUUCCCCACAAACUAUUCACCUUCGCCGUACGAAACGCUGCAGGUCAGGGAAAGCUGCACGUCGUCGAGAUUGACCCUAGCGAGAGCAACACACGGUUCACGAAGAGAGCUGUCGACGUUUAUUUUCCAGACGAAGCUGUCAACGACUUUCCUGUGGCCAUGCAGAUCUCCAAGAAGUACAGCAUAAUCUACAUGAUCACCAAGUAUGGUUUCAUUCACCUGUAUGACCUGGAAACAGCCACAUGCAUAUUCAUGAACCGUAUUUCGAGCGAGACCAUCUUCGUCACUGUUCCUGACUCCGAGUCGGCCGGCAUUGUUGGAAUCAAUCGGAAGGGUCAGGUACUAUCCGUCAGCGUUGACGAUAAUACCAUCAUCCCGUACCUGUUGCAGAACCCAGCCAAUGCCACUCUUGCCAUUAAGUUGGCGUCAAGGGCUGGACUGCCAGGUGCUGACAAUCUCUAUCAACAACAAUUUGAAACCCUUUUUGCACAAGGCAAAUAUGCCGAGGCUGCUCAGAUUGCGGCGGACUCUCCCAGAGGAUUCCUGAGAACUCCAGAAACUAUCAACCGAUUCAAGACUGCACCACAACAGCCAGGUCAACUUUCAGUCAUUCUUCAAUAUUUCGGGAAGCUGCUCGAUAAAGGAAGGUUGAACAAGUACGAAAGUGUGGAGCUCAUCAAGCCGGUUUUGGCGCAGAAUCGCAAAAACCUCCUCGACAAAUGGAUGAGUGAAGGCAAACUGGAGUCCUCAGAAGAGCUUGGUGACAUCGUCCGGCUGCACGACUUGGAGCUCGCUCUGAGGAUAUACCGUGAAGCCAAUGUGCCCCCGAAGGUAGUGGCAGCUUUGGCAGAGACAGGACGAUUGGAAGAAAUCCUUCCGUACUCGCUGGAGGCCAACUAUCAGCCCGACUUCACAACCUUGCUACAACACAUUGUGCGAGCCAAUCCCGACAAAGGCGCGGAGUUCGCGACGCAGCUAGCCAAUAACGAAAGUGGUCCACUGGUCGAUAUCGACCGAGUUGUUGAUGUGUUUAUGUCUCAAAACAUGAUCCAGCAAGCAACUGCCUUCCUUCUCGAUGCUCUGAAGGAGAAUCGGCCAGAGCAAGGCCACCUGCAGACGCGCCUGUUAGAAAUGAAUCUGCUCAACGCACCGCAAGUUGCCGAUGCCAUCCUCGGGAAUGAAAUGUUUUCGUAUUACGACAAGCCUAGAGUUGCUCGUCUCUGCGAACAGGCGGGCCUUCUUCAGCGUGCCUUGGAGAAUACCGACGAUCCAGCUACGAUCAAGCGCAUCAUCGUGCAAACUGACAAGCUUAACCCUGAGUGGCUUCAACAAUACUUUGGACGAAUGACCGUCGAGCAGUCACUCGAGUGCCUGGAUGAGAUGCUCAAGGUCAACAUUCGACAAAAUCUUGCUGCGGCCAUUCAAAUUGCCACCAAGUAUUCUGAUUUGUUAGGUCCCAGUCGGCUGACUGCGUUGUUCGAAAAGCAUCGCACGGCAGAGGGCCUCUACUACUAUCUUGGAAGCAUUGUCAACCUGAGCGAGGAUGCGGAAGUAGUCUUCAAAUAUCUCGAGGCUGCCGUGACCAUGCAGCAAUUCCAGGAAGUGGAGAGGAUUUGCCGGGAGAACAAUCACUAUAAUCCAGAAAAGGUCAAGAACUUCCUCAUUGAGGCACGUUUGGCCGAGCAACUUCCCUUGAUCAUUGUUUGUGAUCGAUUCAAUUUUGUCAAGGAUCUGGUCAAUUACCUUUACCGCAACCAGCAGUACAAGUCAAUUGAAGUCUACGUCCAACGCGUCAACCCGUCCCGCACACCGGCCGUGGUUGGAGCCUUACUUGCGCUGGAUUGCGAAGAAUCGGUCAUCACGGACCUCUUGGUGUCCAUUGACCCUACAGCGGUACCCAUGGACGACCUCGUCAGUGAAGUUGAGACUCAGAACCGUCUCAAGCUCUUGCUACCAUUCCUUGAGAGAACAUUGGCACAGGGAAUUCAGCAACCCGCAGUCUACAACGCGCUGGCGAAGAUCUACAUCGACAGUAACGCCGAAGCUGACAAGUUCUUGAAAGAGAAUGAUCUCUACGAUACUCUGACGAUUGGGAAAUACUGUGAGAAGCGCGAUCCUAACCUGGCCUAUAUUGCAUAUCGCAAAGGCCAGAACGAUCUGGAGCUGAUCAACGUCACAAAUGAGAACUCCAUGUUUAGAGCUCAAGCCCGCUAUCUCCUUGAACGUGCCGACCCGGAGAUUUGGGCAUUCGUCCUCUCUGAAAACAACCCUCAUCGGAGAUCACUAAUUGACCAAGUGAUUGCCACAGCUGUGCCUGAAUCGAGCGAACCUGACAAGGUCUCGGUUGCAGUCAAAGCGUUCUUGGACGCUGAUCUCCCGGCCGAACUGAUUGAACUGCUCGAAAAGAUAAUUCUUGAGCCCUCUCCUUUCAGCGAGAACAGCAGUCUACAGAACUUGCUUAUGCUGACUGCAGCCAAGGCCGACAAGUCUCGCCUCAUGGAUUACAUCCAACGCCUUUCUGAGUUUAGUACCGAGGAGAUUGCCAACAUGUGUAUCCAGCAGGGCCUGUAUGAGGAGGCGCUUGAAAUCUACAAGAAGGUGAACGACCACCUUGCUGCUGCCAACGUCCUUGUGGAUCACAUUGUCAGCAUCGACCGCGCCCAAGAAUAUGCCGACAACGUCGAUCUGCCUGAGGUCUGGAGCAAAGUCGCAAAGGCCCAACUUGAUGGCUUGAGGGUCAGCGAUGCGAUUGAAUCGUACAUCAAGGCUCAGGAUCCCACCAACUACAAUGAGGUUAUCGAGACGGCCACGCACGCAGGCAAAGACGAAGAGCUUAUCAAAUUCCUCAAAAUGGCCCGCAAGACGUUACGUGAACCGGCCAUUGACACAGCACUCGCUUUCUGCUACGCUCGACUCGAUCAGCUACCCGAGCUUGAAGAGUUCUUACGAUCCUCCAAUGUGGCGGACAUCGAAGCAUGUGGUGACAAGGCAUACGAGGAGGGCUACCACCAGGCAGCGAAGAUCUUCUACACCAAUAUUUCCAACUGGGCCAAAUUGGCAACUACUCUGGUACACCUUGAUGAAUAUCAGAAUGCAGUGGAUUGUGCCCGGCGCGCCAACAGCGUCAAGGUUUGGAAGCAAGUCAACGAAGCCUGCGUUGCGAAGAAGGAAUUCCGGCUAGCCCAGAUCUGCGGUCUCAACCUCAUUGUCCAUGCCGAAGAAUUGCAAGAUCUGGUCAAGCAGUACGAGCGUGAAGGAUACUUUGACGAGCUCAUCUCGUUGCUCGAGGCCGGCUUGGGACUUGAGCGCGCGCACAUGGGCAUGUUCACCGAACUUGGCAUUGCUCUUUCCAAAUAUCAUCCAGACCGGGUGAUGGAGCAUCUCAAGCUCUUCUGGUCGCGAAUCAAUAUUCCCAAGAUGAUUCGCGCUUGCGAGGAGGCACACCUGUGGCCGGAGCUCAUUUUCCUUUACUGCCACUAUGACGAGUGGGACAAUGCGGCAUUGGCCAUGAUGGAACGUGCUGCGGAUGCCUGGGAGCAUCAUUCGUUCAAGGAUAUUGUGGUGAAGGUCGCUAACCUGGAGAUUUACUACCGGGCACUCAACCACUAUCUACAGGAGCAGCCUCUCUUGCUGACCGAUUUGUUACAAGCUCUCACGCCUCGGAUCGACGUCAACCGGGUGGUAAGGAUGUUUGAGAAGUCGGAUAACAUCCCCAUCAUCAAACCGUUCCUGCUCAGCGUGCAGGGUCAGAACAAACGCGUGGUGAACAAGGCCAUCCACGACCUCCUCAUUGAAGAGGAGGACUACAAGACCUUGAAGGAUUCGGUGGAGAACUAUGACAACUACGAUGCGGUUGAGCUGGCCCAACGUCUUGAAAAGCAUGACCUUGUUUUCUUCCGACAGAUUGCGGCUCAGAUUUAUCGCAAGAACAAGCGUUGGGAGAAAUCCAUCGCCUUGUCUAAACAAGACAAGCUGUUCCGCGAUGCCAUUGAGACGGCGGCCAUCUCGGGGAAGCCCGAAGUGGUGGAAGAUCUGUUGCGAUAUUUUGUCGACAUUGGCAGCCGCGAAUGCUAUGUAGGCAUGCUGUAUGCAUGCUAUGACCUGAUCCCACUGCACACGGUGACGGAGAUUUCGUGGCGUCAUGGGCUCAACGACUUCACGAUGCCAUUCAUGAUCAGCUACAUGAGCCAACAGGCGAGCACGAUCGAGCAAUUACGCAAAGACAACGAAGAGCGUAAGGCCAAGGAAGCAAGCCAGCAGAAGACGGAGGACACCACCCCAAUCAUUGGAAGCCGGCUCAUGCUGACACAAGGGCCUGCGACCGUGGGACCGACACCCACGGGGUACGGACACACCAAUGGCAUUACCCCGCAACCCACCGGAUUCCCUCGGGCCUUUUAA